GAUGCUUCUCGUAAGACCAGGCCCGAUCCGUUAUAGUAGUCAUCUGCGUUCCCUGCUAAAAUGAAAUAAGUGAUAUCACCAGUGGUUCUAAUCUGUUUGUGGCGUGAGCGUGACAUCUUACAGUUGAAAAGCAGUGACAGAGAUAUGAACUGCAACAUUCACUUCGUAGUAAUCUGACUCAACUUCUUUCUGUAUGCGUCUUAUAUGUAAAAUUUUGUUCGAGUGUACAAACUGCAUCAGUGACAGUGGGGACAAUAUCGUAAGUGAUGUCGGUAUCGGGAAUGGAGGAGCUGUUUACCCGUAGCAGUCUGAGCUCAGUGCGCCACGUGAGUCAAGUGUCCAACUACCUGAGAGAGACGCUCAAUAACCAACCCACAGAUGAUCGGAACUGGUGGUGGGGCUAUCUUAGGAAACAAUUCCGGUUGAAGAAUCUAGAAGAACUGUAUCUCAGAUACCUGCAACGUCUAUACCUUGGUUAUUUCUCAGUUUUUGUGGUGUUGCAGUCAUUACUAAACCUGAGUCAUGCAGUUGUCUUAUGGAUUAUAGAGGCCCCUUUGCCUGAUGCAGCAUUGUAUUGCAUGGUGAUGGUGCUGUGCUGGCCUCUAGUGCUGAUUGUGUUCAAGGAAAGAUUAGUGAACACUUUUCCAUGUGUUUCACUUCUGGUUUCAUGUUUUGUUGUAGUCUUACUCAUCAUUGUUGAUCUGGGAAUACCCCUGUAUCAUACCAGUAAUCAUACUGAAGCUGAAAGUGUUCUACGUCCAGCUUAUACCACACACACACUUCUUGUGUGUUAUGUAUUCUUACCCCUCACAGAAAAUAUACAGGCAUUCAUCCUGGGACUUGUUGUCACACUCUGCCACCUUACAGCUCUUGGCACAGUAACAUAUUACAAGAAACAAGAAAUCUAUGAAAGCUUGGCUUCUGAUACCGUGUACCUCCUUUGUGUUAAUGGACUGGGGCUGUACUUUCGCUUAAUGAGUGAAGUGGCAAUUCGUCGGACAUUCUUGGAUCGACGAGCCUGUCUUGAAUCCAAUUCAAAAGUGGAAUAUGAAAAGCAGCAGGAGGAGAAUCUUAUGUUAAGUAUAAUCCCACGUCAUAUUAUUGAUGAUGUUCGUAGAGACAUACAAAGUCUUAUACAGCAUAUCAACACACCCCUGAGAAGAAAACCUUUCAGUGACAUGUAUGUGACAGCACAUGAAAAUGUUAGCAUCCUGUAUGCUGAUGUGGUGAAAUAUGCACAGCUCACAGUUUCUUUACCAGUCAGCAAACUGGUUGAAAUUCUAAAUGAACUCUUUGGCAGGUUUGAUGAAGCUUCAGAGGAACAUGGAGUUCUGAGAAUAAAAUUUCUUGGAGAUUGCUAUUACUGCGUUUCAGGUGUUCCUGAUAACAAUCCUAACCAUGCAAAGAACUGCGUGGACCUGGGACUUGAUAUGAUUGCAAUCAUUAAGGAAGUCAGAGAAGAAAGGAAACUUAAAGAGACUCUUGACAUGCGUAUUGGUAUUCAUUCUGGCAAGAUCCUGAGUGGUCUUCUCGGUAUGUGCAAAUGGCAAUAUGAUGUUUGGUCUCGUGAUGUAAUUAUUGCCAACAGUAUGGAACAAGCUGGUAAACCUGGAAGGGUUCAUGUAACCAAAGAAACGCUAAAUCUCCUAGGCAAUAAAUACAGGUACAUUCCUGGUAAUGGAAGGACACGUAAUGAAGUACUAGACAAAUACAACAUAGAGACUUUCUUCAUUGUUCCUGCUGAUAAGCACAGUGAGGAACGUGUAACAGAAGAGCGAUCAUUAUACAGUCGGCGAUACAGUGCAGGGGGACAGCGCAGACUCACAAGCAAUAGGGGCCCCUCACAGGCACGACGAAGUGGAAAUGACAGUUUGGCAGUUGGUUCCCGCCGCCGCAUUGCUUUCAUGGAUGACAAUUUAUACAAAUAUCAACAAACGCUGAAGAAAGCAGAUGAGCAGAUGGCUGAGGCAAUUAAAAAUAUGCAUGUUGGAGUAUAUGAUCGGUGGUGUUUGAGAGAGAAUAUCAAUCCAGUAUGUCUUACUUUUGAAAAUAUCCAGUGGGAACUGCCGUUUCUCAAGCAACCAGAUCCACUCUUCAAAUUCUAUGUUGGAUGUGCGCUUUUAGUUCUUCUUGGGAUGCUGAUAAUUCAGUGCCUAGGUCUGCAAAGUUCACAUUGGAUGCCUUGGGCUGGCUUUGGUGUGUCACUUGGGGUGAUACUGGUGCUGUUACCCCUCACAUGGACUCAUUAUAUCUGGAACAAGCUGAAAGACCCCCAUGAAGAGCAAGAUUACAUUCCUGAGCCAACCAACAAAUUACUUAAUCUCCUGUAUCAAGCAUCCCUCAAAGUGGUUUGGAGUGUCAGCACUCGCACAGUUCUGUAUCUGAUUAUAUGCAUCAGCUUGACCAUCUGCACCAUGCUUGAAAUGGUAGAAUGUGACUUGAAGAGUGAAGAUACUGAAGUAAAAUCAAACAACGUUACUGGAGGUGACAUGCUGGAAGUCCUGACAGAUUGCCUUGCACCCUGGCAUAUAACGCAGAUUUGCUCCCUAACACUAAUCAUGAGCUUCUUGUUCCUGAGGAUACAUUUCCAGCUCAAAUUGAUUUUAGGCAUCUUCACUGUAGUGAUUUACUCAUGUGGGGUCUGGAUUCUGUUUCCAAAAGUUUUCCAGUAUGGUGAAACCUGGAACCCACAGAUGGAAACAAGGAUAGCACACAUAAUGAAUGUUACUUUUCUGACAGUCACUCUACAUCUAAUGGAUCGACAGACUGAAUAUAUGAGUCGACUGGAUUACAAAUGGAAAUGUCAACUGGCUCAGGAACAGGAAGAGUCUUCUACAGUGCACAUGAUCAAUAAAAUGUUACUUCAGAAUAUUCUUCCAGUGCAUGUUGCGGACUGGUUUUUGAAUACAAACAGAGACCAUGAAGAACUUUAUCAUGAGGAAUAUGAUACAGUUGCAGUGAUGUUUGCUUCCCUGACAGAAUAUGCACUUUGGGAUGACAAUGGCCUUGAUGAUGCUAAUGAACUGAGUAGCAUCAGACUCCUUAAUCAAAUUAUCUGUGACUUUGACAAGUUGCUGUUUCAUGCAAACUCUCUACGUGUUGAGAAGAUAAAAGUUGCAGGAUGGACAUAUAUGGCAGCUUGUGGUUUAGAUCCUGGUAGAAGAGAUUCAGUCAACUCUGUUAACAGAGAUAGCUACUCUGACCAUGUGGUUUUAGUCCUCACUCGCUUUGCAGCAAAUAUGAUGGGUGUUCUCCAGAAGAUCAACAAAGAAUUCCUCCAGAAUUUCAAACUAAGAGUUGGAAUCUCACAUGGAAAAGUGACAGCUGGUGUCAUUGGUGCACAGAAACCACAUUAUGAUAUAUGGGGCCACUCGGUAAACAUGGCUUCUAGGAUGGAGUCUACAGGAGAACCAGAAAAGAUUCAGGUUACAGAAAAUACAGCAAGAGUGCUGCAACAACUGGGAAUCCACUGUGAAUGCAGAGGUGCUAUUAAAGUGAAGAGUAUGACAAAUUUAGUUACGACAUAUUUCGUGCACUUUGAUGAAAAGUUUCAGUUAAAACAUGCUGAAGGUGUACAGGAUAGUGAUCAUGAUAGUGUCCUAGAAGAAAAUGAAGUGAGAGAUUAUGAAAAGAGGUACAGAGAAGAGAGACAAAACAACACAACACCUUGAAUAAAUGAUCGUAAGAGUGUAAGCAGUAUUCCACUUGUACAAAUAGAAUUUUGUAUGUGUUAAUUUUAUAUAUGUUUCGACAUAAGUUUUAUUUUUUAGACUAAUAAGUAAAUAACGUUUUUAAGAAGCCAUAUUGAAAUGUAACACAAAUUUCAAGACUUCAUUCUAUUUACUAAUUACUUGUGUGGUUAAGUAUUGCUUCAAGACAUGGCAGAAAGUAGUCAUCUUCAUUCCAUUAUACUGUACAAGAGAAAACUUCCUCACAUUAAUCCAUUUUUCAUCAGACAAUUUAAUAUAUUUUCUGUUUUUCUCAGGACUUCACAAAUUGAAGAAAUUCAUGCAUGUACUAGCCUCAAAAUCUUUCCAUUAUGUGCUUGGUCUUUCUGUUACCCUUCUGUUCCUAGAUGCUGUAGGGUGUGUUAACAAAUUAAUGAGAUUAAUAUUUAGGGAAUGCAUCAUGUUAUGGGGAUCAGUAUAUUGGUUUUUAUAUAUCUAUCAACACAACAAUCAAAUAAACAACUCACUUCCACAUUUGUAUCAGCUGAGUUUAUUUAACUUACAAUACAGCUAUACAACAUGUUUUGGCUCUCACGGAGCGAUCAUCAGGCAGUACAAUAUGUAAAGUUAUAAAAUAUUGAAUUGCAAGUAUCAUGGAUCCAUGUUAUAAAAUGUUAUGUGUAUUGUAAAAUGAUUUAUAGAAUAAUUUGUAUAGUUGUAUGCACAAAUUGAUUCUGCUCCUACAUAAAGAGUUUGAUUAUGUUAAAAUAACUUAUAUUGGAGUUUUUCUGAAAUUGAUAUAUAUGAUUGUGUUAGACUAGGAUUUAGAUGUAUGUGUAAAUAUAAUUUUGGAAUAUUGAUGCAGUGUGCUAUUGUGUUGUAUUAAUGUUAGACAUCAUAUGUUGAUUGCUUUUAGCCUUGCUUUGUUGUCUUCUGUCACCACUAUGGUGUUUACCUUCUCUAAAUGCAUUAUAUUCUGUUCAUCCAUAAAUUAUGUAUUUGACAAAUUGAUUCUAA